GUGGGCGCGGCCGGGCUCUGCGGGGCGCGCGGGCGGCGGCCGGCGCUGCUGCGGCCGAGGAUGGGAGCGGGGCCCGCGGGCGGCCCGCAGCCUCAGGAGCCCCGCUGAAGCCCGCCGGGGCGACCCCGCGCAGGAGCCGAGAUGUGUCUGCGCUUCGGCAGCCUGAGUGUGGAUGACUUCCGGAAGGUGCUGAUGAAGACCGGGCUGGUGCUAGUGGUGCUGGGCCACGUGAGCUUCAUCGCAGCCGCUCUGCUCCAUGGCACUGUGCUGCGCUAUGUGGCCGCUCCCCACGAUGCUGUGACCCUGCAGUACUGUGUGGUCAACAUCCUCUCUGUCACCUCUGCCAUUGUGGUUAUCACCUCAGGCAUUGCUGCCACGGUGUUGUCACGCUACCUCCCCAGCACCCCCCUGCGCUGGACAGUGUUCGGCUCAAGUGUGGUGUGUGCCCUCCUCUCGCUUACCUGUGCCCUCAGCCUUUUGGCCUCGAUCGCUGUGACCUUUGCCACCCAGGGACGGGCACUGCUUUCUACCUGCACCUUUGGGAGCACUGAACUGCUGGCACUCGCACCUGACUGUCCCUUUGACCCCACCCGUAUUUACAGCUCCAGCCUGUGCCUCUGGGGCAUCUCGAUGGCGUUCUGCUUGGCGGAGAGUGUGUUUGCUGUGCGUUCUGCCCAUCUCACCCACCAGCUGCUGGAACUGAAGCCCUGGUGGGGGAAAAGCAGCCACCACACGAUGCGAGAGAGCCCAGAACCCGCAGAUGGCCCUGACCUGCUGAGCUGUACCAGCUCCGAGCCACUGACACUCUGAAGACGGAUGCCACAGGGGCCCUGUGACCCGGUAUUCACUGGAUCCCUGGGGACGGCCAGAGAGGGCUCAAUGGACACUUAGGGACUGGUGGUGCUUUCCAGUGCCCCCACCCAGCCACCCAGCCCACUGCACUGAAACGAGACUUUAUUCCGAAGUUAUUAAAAAGAACAGAGAUGCUC